AUGUCUGGAAAUCAAAAGAUUGCUAUUCUCUCCGUCUACGACAAGACGGGGCUCUUGGAUCUGGCCAAGGGCCUGAUUCAGCAGAAUGUCAGAAUUCUUGCUUCCGGAGGCACCUCUCGCAUGAUCCGCGAUGCUGGCAUGCCUGUCGAGGAUGUCAGUGCCAUCACCAAGGCUCCCGAGAUGCUGGGCGGCCGAGUCAAGACCCUCCACCCUGCUGUCCACGGCGGCAUUCUUGCCCGCAACCUCGACUCCGACGAGAAGGAUCUGGCUGAGCAGGGCAUCGCCAAGGUCGACUAUGUUGUCUGCAACCUUUACCCCUUCAAGGACACUGUUGCCAAGGUCAAUGUCAGCAUCCCCGAGGCCGUUGAGGAAAUUGACAUUGGCGGCGUGACUCUUAUCCGCGCUGCCGCCAAGAACCACGGUCGUGUCACGAUCCUCAGCGAUCCCCAAGACUACGCCGGCUUCCUGAAGGAGCUUGAGCAGGGCGAAAUCACCGAGGCGAGCCGAAACCGAUAUGCCCUCAAGGCCUUUGAACACACUGCCGAUUACGAUACCGCCAUUUCAGGCUUCUUCCGCAAGGAGUACGCUGCCAACGGCGAGCAAUACAUGGCCCUUCGAUAUGGUGCCAACCCUCACCAGAAGCCCGCCGCUGCUUACAGCGUCUCCGAGAAACUCCCCUUCAAGGUUCUCUGCGGCUCUCCUGGGUACAUCAACCUUCUCGACUCACUGAAUGCCUGGCCGUUGGUCAAGGAGCUCAAGCAGGCCCUUGGCAAGCCAGCUGCCGCCAGUUUCAAGCACGUCUCCCCCGCCGGUGCCGCCAUUGGUCUUCCCCUGACCGCUGAGGAACGCAAGGUGUACUUUGUCAACGAUAUCGAGGGUAUUGAGACCUCUGCCCUUGCGCAAGCCUACGCCCGUGCCCGUGGUGCCGAUCGCAUGAGCAGCUUCGGUGAUGUCAUCGCUCUCAGCGACGUUGUCGACGUCCCCACCGCCAGCAUCAUCUCUAAGGAGGUCUCGGAUGGAGUCAUUGCUCCUGGCUAUGAGGACGCCGCGCUCGAGAUCCUGAAGAAGAAGAAGGGUGGCAAAUACCUCGUUCUCCAGAUCGACCCAGACUACAACCCUGGUCCCACUGAGACCCGAACUGUCUACGGCGUCACCCUCCAGCAGCACCGAAACGACGUCGAAAUCUCCCCCAAGUCCUUCGACACCAUCGUCACCCCCAAGGACGGUGCCCCUCUCUCCGAGGAUGCCGCCCGCGACCUGACCGUUGCCACCAUCACCCUCAAGUAUACCCAGAGUAACUCUGUGUGCUACGCCUUUAAUGGCCAGGUCAUUGGCCUCGGUGCCGGCCAGCAGUCCCGCAUUCACUGCACCCGUCUUGCUGGCGACAAGGCCGACAACUGGUGGAUGCGCUUCCACGAGCGUGUCCUCAACAUCAAGUGGAAGAAGGGCACAAAGCGACCCGACAAGAGCAACGCCAUUGACCUGCUCGUCAGCGGCGAACUUCCCAAGUCCGGCGCCGAACGAGAAGCCUUCGAGGGUGUCUUUGAAGAAGUCCCUCCCGCGUUCACCGACGACGAGAGAGAAGCAUGGAUGAAGCAGCUCAAGAAUGUCUGCGUAUCCAGCGACGCCUUUUUCCCCUUCAUUGACAACGUCUUCCGCGCCUCCCGCUCAGGAGUCAACUAUAUCGCCGCCCCGAGCGGCAGCCAAAACGACAAUGCCGUUUUCGAAACCGCCGAAAAGCUAGGCAUCACCUUUGUCCAGCAGAACAUUCGUCUCUUCCACCACUAA